CCUAACGACCAUUAAUUGUUAUUAUUAAACACACUAUUUUUAGAAUCUUAGAAAAAAGGUAAAUUAUUUAAUUGUUUUAUUUGGCUUUUCUACGAAGACGACUGACAAUGGUGGUGUGUGUACAGCUUUUAGACAUCUAUAUCAGGAAGGUGGUUGUCGAUCAUUAUGGAAGGGAAAUGGUUUAAAUUUGUUGAAGACCUCACCAGAAUUUGCUAUUAAAUUUAGCAUGUAUGAUUGGAUGAAAAAAACUUUAGGGUCGGCAGAUUCAGAUAUGAGUAAUGGAGUACGUUUCAUAGCUGGCGCAACAGCUGGGGCAUCAAGUCAAAGUGUUUUGUAUCCUGUUGAGAUCACCAAGACUCGGUUAAUGGUAGGCCAUUACAAAAGUGUAAAGGAAGUUAUAAAUUUUACGUGGAAAAAUGAGGGUUUAUCAGGCUUCUUCAAAGGGUAUGUGCCUCAUACGACAGGGAUGUUGAUCUUCACUGGUAUUGAUCUAACAGUGUAUGAAAUGGCAAAACAACAGUUCAUAGGUUUUAACACACCACAGUGGAUACUCAAUAUGGCGUCUGCUAUGUGUUCUAGCACUUUUGCUCAUUGUACAUGUUAUCCCAUUUCCAUGUUGACCACAAGACUUCAAGUUAGCAGUAAAUAUUUAUCAUAACGAUUAUUAUUUAAGUUAAUAGAAUACUUAUUUUAGUUGUCAUUAUUAUA